ACCCCUUUUUCUUCUUGCAUAAUUUUCUUUACCUGUUCUUCAAUCAUUGUUGAGUAAUUAUUACUCCCUCCGUACAAUUUAAGUGUCUUAGUUUGAGUAGCCGUAAAGUUUAAGGAUAAAAAAGAUACUUUUGAAUCUUGUGGUGCUAAAUUAAAGAUGUGUGUAAUGUACUAAAAUGUGCUUUGAAUCUUGUGGUUUAAACUUUUUGCAUAGAAUGUUUGAAUUGUCAACUUUCUAUAUUUUAGAAAGUGACACUCUUAUUUUUGGACAAACCAAAAAAGAAAGUAAUACACUUAAAUUGGGACGGGCGGAGGGAGUACUGGUUUUCUCCUGUUAGUAAUUGGUCUUAUUCUUGAAUUUACUCUGAGGGUCGUUUGGUGGCUGGUUAGAGUUAUACAAGUAUUAGUAAUACAAGAAUUAGUUAUGCAGGUUUAGUUAGUCAUGUAUUAGUUAUUAUAUACACAGGGUCAAAUACCCAGUAGCAGAGUAGGUGGUUGACGACAUAGUUAGAAUAGAGAAGAAGAUAUUCCCCAAACACGUAUCUUUGGCUCGAUAUGAAGAACUGAAAAAGAACCGAGGGCUGCUUUACACCCGAAUGGGUACAGAGUCUGAAAAAAGAAACCUCUUUUCAUCUUUCAUAGUUUUCUUCCCAUGAUUCUUCAAUCAUUGUUAAUUACUAGUACUAGUUUUAUUUUUGUGACUUAAUCUUACCUGUUAGUAGUUGGUCUUGUUCUUGAAUUUACACUUGGGGUUGUUUUGGUUGCUGGUUAGAGUUAUGAAGUAUUAGCAAUACAAGAAUUAGUUUUGCAGGUUUAGUUAUUCAAGUAUUAGUUAUUUCAUCUUCUAUCCUACAUAAAAUUAUACAUAAAUUAACUCAUGACUUGUACACGUUUUAGUUAUGCAGGAUUGUAAACUGAUAACCCAGCACCGUAGUUUCGUUUGCUGAAUUUUAAACAUAACAACUAAAAUGGAACCAAACUUGGUACUAAUUAUGUUGGUUUUAAUACAUGAAUAAUCCUCUUCCUAACCUGCAACCAAAGGACCCAGCACCAGAGAAUUAGGAAAUCAAAUCCAAGAAAUUGCAACGGGAGUGAUAGUUGAACUGCAUAGAAAUUCACCAAACUGGGUUAAGGUAGUUGACGAUAUAGUUAGAAUAGAGAAGAAGAUUUUCCCCAAACACGAAUCUUUGGCUCGAUCUUUUGAUGAUGAACUGAAAAAGAAGAACUGUGGGUUGCUUUACGCCCAAAUGGGUACAGAUAUUGCUGGUUAUGUCAUGUAUUCGGGGCCUUCUUCACUCUGUGCUUGCAUCACUAAAUUAGUAGGUUCCAAAAAAGAAAGCCCUUUUCAUCUUUCAUUAUUUUCUUUACCUGAUUCUUCAAUCACUGUUGAGUAAUUAUUACUUCCUCCAUCCCAAUUUAAGCGUCUUAAUUUGACUAGGCACAAAGGUAGUGGUAACGUCUGUGUACAUCCUACCUUUCCCAGAUCCCACUUGUGGGACUACAUACCAUUGUUGUUGUAGUUUGACUGUGCACAAAGUUUAAGAAUAAAAGGAGACUUGAGAAUCUUGUGGUGCUAAAUUUAAGAUGUGUGUAAUGUACUAAAAUUUCCUUUGAAUCUUUGUGCUAAAUGCACAAAGUUUGAAUCUUGUUGCUUAAACUUGUCAUGGAGGAUGUUUGAAUGGUCAACAUACUAAAUAUAGAAAGAGACUCUUUUUUAGAUAUAUCAAAAAGGAAAGUAAGACACUUAAAUUAGGACGGAGGGAGUAGUAGUUUUCUCUUUGUUUUAUAAUUUUACCUGGUAGUAAUUGGUAUUAUUCUUGAAUUUACUCUUAAAAUCAUUUGGUGGUUGGUUUGAGUUAUGCAAGUAUUAGUAAUGCAGGAAUUUGUUAUAUAGGUUUAGUUAUUCAUGUAUUAGUUAUUAUAUACACAGGGUAAAAUACCCAGUAGCGGAGAAUUAGGAAAUCCAUGAAAUGGCAAUGGGACUGCUAGUUGAACUGCAGAGAAAUUCACCAAAUUGGGCUAAGGUAGUUGAUGACAUAGUUAGAAUAGAGAAGAAGAUUUUCCCCAAACACAAAUCUUUGGCUCGAUCCUUUGAUGAUGAACUGAAAAAGAAGAACUGUGAAUUGCUUUACACCCAAUUGGGUGGAGAUAUUGCUAGUUAUGCCAUGUACUUUUGGCCUUCUUCACACUGUGCUUGUAUCACUAAAUUAGCAGUAAAAGAAAAUUACAGGGGGCAAGGCCAUGGAGAAAAAUUGGUGAAGGCAGCAGUGCAGAAAUGCAGAACAAGAAAUGUUCAACGGAUAUCGCUUCAUGUAGAUCCUACAAGGACUGCAGCCAUGCAACUCUACAAGAAACUUGGUUUCCAAGUGGAUACUCUUGUGGAAGGCUAUUACUCUUCUGAUAGAAAUGCCUAUAGAAUGUAUUUGGAUUUUGACAUGGAAUAAUAGCAUAAUGAAAUAGAGAGUGAAUUUGAUCUUUCCA